GGGCGGCCGGCCGGGGCACGGGAGCUGCUGGUGGUGCUGCUGGUGGUGCUGCGGCGGCUGCACCCGCGUCGCCGAGGCCGAGACGGAGGCCAGGGUGCGCGCUUGGCGAACUUGCCUAAUCCGCGCGGCUCGGCUCCACCGGCCUUUGCGGCCGCUUGAGCGUCUUGACUGGUCUCUGCGUUGCCCCGACGAGGAUGCGGCUGUUCCGGUGGCUGCUGAAGCAGCCGGUGCCCAAGCAGAUUGAGCGCUAUUCCCGCUUCUCGCCAUCGCCGCUCUCCAUCAAGCAGUUCCUGGACUUCGGGAGAGAUAAUGCAUGUGAGAAAACUUCAUAUAUGUUCCUACGAAAGGAGCUUCCUGUGCGCCUGGCUAACACAAUGAGAGAAGUUAAUCUUCUGCCGGAUAACUUGCUUAACCGCCCUUCGGUGGGAUUGGUUCAGAGUUGGUAUAUGCAGAGUUUUCUUGAACUUCUAGAAUAUGAAAAUAAGAGCCCUGAGGAUCCACACGUCUUGGAUAACUUUCUACAAGUUCUAAUUAAAGUCAGAAAUAGACACAAUGAUGUGGUUCCUACAAUGGCCCAAGGAGUGAUCGAGUACAAGGAGAAGUUUGGGUUUGAUCCGUUCAUUAGCAGUAACAUCCAGUAUUUUCUGGACCGGUUUUAUACCAACCGCAUCUCUUUCCGCAUGCUUAUUAACCAGCACACACUACUGUUCGGCGGUAACACCAAUCCUGCGCAUCCCAAACACAUAGGAAGUAUUGAUCCCACUUGCAACGUGGCUGAUGUUGUGAAAGAUGCAUAUGAAACUGCCAAGAUGCUUUGUGAACAGUAUUAUCUGGUAGCUCCAGAGCUGGAAGUUGAAGAAUUCAAUGCCAAAGCUCCAGACAAACCUAUUCAGGUAGUUUAUGUGCCCUCACAUCUGUUUCACAUGCUAUUUGAGUUGUUCAAGAACUCAAUGAGAGCGACAGUGGAACUAUAUGAAGAUAGAAAAGAGGGCUACCCAGCUGUUAAAACCCUUGUUACUCUGGGUAAAGAAGACUUAUCCAUUAAGAUAAGUGACCUAGGUGGUGGGGUCCCACUACGAAAAAUAGAUCGUCUUUUUAACUACAUGUAUUCAACUGCUCCGAGACCUAGCCUGGAGCCUACGAGAGCCGCGCCGCUGGCUGGAUUUGGUUACGGCUUGCCAAUUUCUCGUCUGUAUGCUAGAUAUUUUCAAGGAGAUCUAAAACUCUAUUCUAUGGAAGGCGUGGGUACUGAUGCUGUCAUUUAUUUGAAGGCUCUUUCAAGUGAAUCAUUUGAGAGACUUCCAGUUUUUAAUAAGUCCGCAUGGCGCCAUUACAAGACCACACCUGAAGCUGACGAUUGGAGCAAUCCCAGCAGUGAACCCAGGGAUGCUUCCAAAUACAAGGCGAAACAGGACAAGUUCAAGACUAACAGAACUUUGUAAAGAACUGAAUGCUUCGGUCCUCUCCAUGAAGAAAAGAUGGUCUUCUGCAAGUCACCCAGAAAGAACUCCUUUCCUCCACCAACUCUGCGUGUGGCACUAUAGUUAAUCCAGUGUUUGAAUGUGUAUUUGCUCUCUGUAUGAGGUGGACCUUUUCCACAGAAGUUUCCUGUAGCUACUUCAGAUCUUCCACUAAAGUAGUAACUUGAGUCAUUUUUCGUA